ACCAACUCUGUUUGUUUGGCCCUUUUCUUUUGCAUGGCACUGUCACUUGCUGCUUAGCUCGCUCAGGAUUGCGAAGGUGGUGGUGUUGGGAAGAAAUUAUGGCGUCAGGUGAUCCCUGGAAAGGCUGGAAUCCUGCGAUCAGUGCGAUGAUGUUUGAUGUGUAUUUGCAUGAUUAUUUGGUGAAAAAGAAGAUGCAUAAGACUGCUGAAAUUUUCAAGAAUGAGGCCCGUCUUGAUGUUACUGACAGAGUUGCCAUUGAUACUCCAGAAGGAUUCUUACUCGAAUGGUGGUCACUAUUUUCUGAUGUAUAUUCUUACUCGAAUGCAUUGGGUUCUGUUAAGGAUACCCAAAUGACAGAGAAUGAGCAACAAAAAAUCAAUUCAAGAAUGCCACAGUCAGCGAUGAAUCAGUACAGCCGUGGACAGUCAACUGUGAUUACUGACUUUGAUAAGACAUUGGGGCAAUCAGCUGCUUAUCUCUUGACUGCAAAAAGCCAUCCUGAGCAACAAACUCGUGAGCAGCAGGCUCAACAGCUGGUUGUGAGAGAAAGUAGAAAUGACAUUGGAAUAGAGAGAACUGUACCAAUGAAUUCCAUGCUGUAUGGGCCACAUGAUGCAGGGAUGCUUGAGGGAAUCAAUUCAGCAUCACUGGAUGGAUGGCCUUUAACUGUACUAAACUCACUUUUUCAGGAACCAAACUGUCAGCAACAUUUUCAGACGUUGACACCAGAAGUUCAGCAAGCACUUAUGGCUCAAGUACUGUCACGUAUGCAUGAAAAUCAGACAUCCACUUUUCCUGGAAGCCCUGCCAAUUUUGAUAGUCCAAAUCUGAUGCUUCCCCAAAUGGAAUUAUCUGCAAAGGAUCGACAGAUGAUGGUCCAAAUGAAACAAACUGCCGAGCACCAGUGGCAACAUGAUCCACUAGAGCAGCAGAAUAGCAGAAAGAGUAAGACAAGGUUAUAUUCAAGAGCUGCAGACAAUAUGGUGGAUCAUAUAAAUGCUGACGAUACACCUGUCGAUGUUGAAUCUUUCUUGUCCCAUAAUGAUGAAAAUGCUGGUGGUACAAGUCCUCCUUUCAGCAGUUUAAAACACCAUUCCAUAGCUUGCACUAAAGACGAACAUGAAGUAUGCUUCAAGUUUGAAGAGGUUGUUACCCUCCACUCAAGCAAAAACAAGGUGUUGUGCUGCCAUUUUUCAUCGGAUGGGAAGUUAUUAGCUAGUGCAGGGCAUGAAAAUAAGGUUUCCAUUUGGAACUUGGAAACUUUUAGUUCCAUUAAUACAUCAGAAGAGCAUUCUCUUCUAGUUUCAGAUGUUCGGUUUAGACCAUGUUCAACUAUUUUUGCGACAUCUUCCUUUGACAGAACUGUGAAAAUAUGGGAUGCAGCAACGCCAAGCGUAUCAUUGUGCAAGCUUCUUGGACAUGCCGAACAAGUAAUGUCAGUGGAUUUCCACCCAAGAAAGUUGGACCUCCUCUGCUCCUGUGAUAGAAAUAAUGAGAUCCGACUAUGGAGUGUCAUCGAAAAUGCUUGCAAACGUGUCUCUAAGGGAGCUACUAAACAAGUCAGAUUCCAGCCACAAUUGGGAAACGUUUUGGCCACUGCUGCAGGAAACAGUGUCUAUGUAAUUGAUGUAGAGACUGACGGCCUCCAAUUCUACUUUCAGGGACAUGUCAAAGAUAUAAUUUCAAUUUGCUGGGAUACAAGUGGGAAUUAUAUUGCAUCUGUUAGUGAAGAUAGUGCACGAAUUUGGUCAGCUGUGUCAGGCGGAAAGUGCAUACAUGAACUUCAUUCAAAUGGCAACAAAUUCCAGUCAUGCACAUUUCAUCCGGGAUAUUCACAGCUCUUGAUCAUUGGUGGUUACCAGUUUCUUGAGUUAUGGAAUCCAACUGUGAACAAUAAAACAUUGUUGAUUCCAGCUCACGAUGGAUUAAUUGCUGGACUAGCAGAUUCACCACAGACUGAAAUGGUUGCCUCAGCAAGUCAUGACCACUGUGUGAAGUUAUGGAAAUGAUGCUUCUCUGUAUGCACAUGCCUUGAACCACAUGUGAAAAUGUGCAGGUUUUGUAAAACAUUUCGUUGAUCUGGAUAGAGGCAAAAACUGCAUAACAGCUAGGACUUCAAUCGCCAGGAACUAGGUGCCAUGGCUAGAGAUAAACCUUUUUUUAGUCUUAUACAUGAAACCCCUGAAAAGAUGGGUAUAUUCAGUUUUCAAAUCUAUAGAGGGUACAGCUUACUGUUUCAGACUCACAUGAUUACAACUCAAUAUAAAUGAAACAAUAUC